UAAUUACUAGACAAGAUACUUUUCAUUCGCUUUGUGUGGUGCGCCUGCGUCUUGCGUUUGUUCUAGUUUUUUUUCGAGUACUUGUUACUUUUAAUCACUGCAUUUAACAUGUUGCGCCAAUGUAAUUCGUACGUGCUGUGCACACUGCUUGUUAUUGCCUUGAGUUGUCUAAUUUCUACGACGCAUGGUUAUCGUUAUGGCUAUAAUAGGCAGCCAACAACUACAACAUCGACGAUAGCGCCACCCCAGACGCCCAAGGAGUAUUUGGAUAGCAAAUCGAGUUUUUCGACAUUUGGCAUUAUUGCCAUCAUCUUUACGAUUAUUGUGCUCUCAUUGGUGUUCUACUAUGGCAUUAUGUGUUAUCCGUUUUUGUGUCGCGACGAAAAGAAAUAUCGUUUCAUGGACGUGUCGUCAACAAUUACAUCGGCAACGUCGCGAUCCAUUCAAUCGAUUGAGAAUUAUCCGGUGGAUCAAAAGCAUCAUCAUCAACUUGCCUGAGUAAUUGCUUCACUCACUCACACAGACGCAUACAUAACUUGAGUACUUAAAGGAUAAACAUCGCUAGGAUUAAUAUAUCAACAUACACACACAUACGUACACAUACAUAUAUAUUGUAAGUGUAUAAGUAGCAAUAACCAGUUCAGCUUUUGUCUGCAAAUUGGUAUUUUAUUCAUAUUAAGUCUUUUAGUUAUUCGCUUAUUUACAUUUUGCUUUUUCUUCAUAUUUUUACUGAGGCAAACUCCAUUUUUAAGCGUUCUCUUUUUCUUUCUUUCUUCUUCGGACUGCGCAUGCGUACAUGAGUCAAUAUGCACACACACAACGACGCGUCGUUGCUUACCUUCGUGUAGGUGUGUAUACGUGUAGUGUAAAUGUGUAUUGGUGUGUGUACAUUCAACAUGUGCUGAGAUCUUCUGAAGUUUUUGUUGUUCUCAAUAAACGCAGGUAGUUUUCAUUUUUAAACGUUUCUAUCGAAUUUGAGAUUUUGAUUUUAGCCACAGAAAUUCCUUCUCUCGUUUUCCAAGCAUUAUUUGCUCAAUGGUUGUUUUUAUGCCAACAUCAUGUACUUAAUUUAUUCGAUAUCGAUGCGCAAAUCUCGCCGUACCAUAUACAAUAUAUAUAUUUUUAUAUAAAUUUUACAUUUAUCUGUAGUGUAAGCUUCCCUAUUCGAAUUUACAAUGCUACUUCGGCACACCGAAGAUUGAAUAUCCUGACUUUAUUAUUCAAAUAAAAAUGCCAUUUUAUACUUUAUACAAUUUUAUAUAAAUGCAAUGCAAGAUUAAUUGCAUAAGACUGAACUGCUUCAAAUUGAAUAUUAUAAUAUAUUAUUAUU